GUCACUUCCCGCCGCCUGCCCAGCAGCGGCAUCAUGGCGGAGCCCGAGGAGCAGCCGCCGCCCGCCGCGGCGCAGAGCGGUGGCCGGAGCGACGGCGGGGAGGAGGCCCCGGAGGGCGGGACUGUGGCCGGGGCCGCCGAGCCGGGCCCGCCUCCAGCCGGGUCGCCGAGCACCGAGGAGCCCGCGGGAGACGCGAAAAAGAAAAUUGAUGUGCUGCUGAAGGCCGUGGGCGACACCCCCAUCAUGAGGACCAAGAAGUGGGCGGUGGAGCGGACCCGGACCAUCCAGGGACUCGUGGAUUUCAUCAAGAAGUUUCUCAAGCUGAUGGCCUCCGAGCAGCUGUUCAUAUAUGUAAACCAGUCUUUUGCUCCAUCUCCAGACCAAGAAGUGGGGACCCUCUAUGAGUGUUUUGGAAGUGAUGGCAAGCUUGUACUGCAUUAUUGCAAAACUCAGGCCUGGGGAUGAAUGACCGGCAACAGAGUUGUGCAGGUGUUUUCUACAAAAAUGGCAAAAGAACUAACAUAAGUUACAAACACAGAAAGAUUUUUGCGUUGCUGCCUAUGAACACAUGAUGCGGGUGAAUACCAUUAGCAAAGAGCUGCCUAGGCUAUCUGAUCCCAUGGCAUUUUUCUAAUGUACGUUUGAGGUACAGAAAAAACACCUGAGAAAACAGAAAAAGCAUCUGCCAUCUGUAGAGUGGAGCCAGUGCUCUUGCUGCUGACUUUCUAAUUGCUGUAUCUGAAGGGAAUCUAUUCCAAUUGUCAGGAGGACUGACAGGACAGCUCUGUCUAUAUGCUGUACUGAAGAUAAGAGAAUCUUUUUAUUAAAAGUAAUGUCUGUUGUACAUCUAGCCAGGAGUUCAGUUUACUUCUGACACAUUGUACGUCUGUUGUGUGCAUGCUGUUCUUUAUAAAGUUUCCAUCUUGAAUAUGCA